AUUUUACACAAUAAAUAUCCGCGCAAUCAUCGCGCUGCGAGUCGGAUUCUGUCAAGUGCAAACUUCCUUUCCUUCUGUAAAGGCCUAGAAAUAUCGACCAAAGAUGGAUAUUCUGACUGUUUUGCCCUCAAAUUUUGGGUAUGUUAUAUUCACGUAUCUGUACAGCUGGAUUAUGCUCGGGUAUCUCGCUGUAAAAGUUGGAGCAGCAAGGAAGAAGUACAAUGUUAAGUAUCCAUCGAUGUACAGUGACAAGGAGCAAGUAUUCAACUGUAUCCAGAGAGCACACCAGAAUACCCUUGAGGUGUAUCCUCAGUGGCUUGUUUUCCAGACCAUUGCAGCCCUUGUCUACCCGUUGUCAGCGUCAGUGCUGGGGGCCAUUUGGGUGACCAGCAGGUUUUCCUAUGCCUGGGGCUAUUACACCGGAGAUCCUGCCAAGAGGAUGAAUGGUGCCUAUGGCUACAUUGGAUACUUCGGGGUCAUCCUUCUUUCCAUAUCUGUUGCCUUGCAGUUGCUUGGCGUUUUUUAAGAUCAUUCUCAUCUCUUACCAUGUACUGUAACUGAAAAUAUCACUGAUUUAAUUUACCACUAUUUUGCAAUGUGACAGAGUUCCAUUAGAUUGCAACAUUAAUUCCAAACCUUUGCUACUACCAAAUAUGCUGUUGUGAUAUGCUAUGUUUUAUUGACUGAUGACAUAAUGAAUGCUUUUUUUAACAUAAUGUUUUCCUUGAUAUUCUCUUCAUAAAUAUAAAAUAAAACACAGUGCUUUGUUUGACCAUU